AUGAUAAUUGACUUCAGCCAAAACAAAUUCCAAGGGUGCUUACCAAGAUCUUUGGCUAAGUGUAUAGCAUUGAAGGCUCUUGAUCUCAGCAAUAACCAAUUCAAUGAUACUUUCCCCUCUUGGUUAGGAAACCUUUCAAAUUUGAAGAUUCUCAUUUUGCGGUCCAACAAAUUUUAUGGACCAAUAAAGAUUCAUAGUGUGAGUUAUGAGUUACAAAUCAUUGAUCUCUCAUACAAUAGUUUUACCGGAAUGUUGCCAGUAGAAUUAUUUCAAAAUUCGAAUUCUUCAAGAUUUGAUCGUGCAUACCACUUAUCAUAUAUUCAAGUAUACUCAUCUUUUAAAGCGAACCUCAUUUAUCAGAUUUUUGAAUUUCAGUAUGAGUAUGAUUUCUCAAUGAUGAUGACAAACAAAGGAGUGGACACAAUUUAUAGGAAGGUCCAGGAAAUUUUCACAGCCUUUGAUUUCUCUAGUAAUAGAUUUACAGGAGACAUUCCAGAAUCAAUCGGAAAUAUAAAAGGGCUUCAUUUGCUCAAUUUUUCCAAUAACAUGCUCAUUGGCUGCAUCCCACCAACAUUAGGAAACCUUGCAGAGUUGGAAUCAUUGGACCUUUCUCAAAACAAGCUCACAGGUGAGAUCCCACAACAGCUAAUCCAACUUACUUUCUUGGAAUCCUUCAAUGUUUCUCAUAAUGAUCUUGUGGGGCUUAUUCCACAAGGAAAACAAUUUAAUACAUUUCAAAACAGUUCAUUUGAAGGAAAUUCAAAAUUGUGUGGAAAUCCGUUGUCAAAGAAAUGUAAGAAUUAUGAGGUUUUACCACCUUUACCCUCAACCUCAAAAAAAAGCCAUGACUCGGGGUCUCCACUUCAAUUUGGUUGGAGAAUUGUUAUGAUUGGGUAUGGAUUUGGACUACUUGUUGGGGUGACUAUUGGGCAUAUUGUGAUUGCAAGGAAUCAUGAUUGCUUAAUGAAGACUUUCGGAGUGAGGCAACCGGUACCAGGAAGAAAGGUUUGA